AUGAAUUUCCAGGACCCUCUCACACUCCUGCAGCUGGCAGCACAGAGCCUGGUAAAGAAUGAAACCUUGGCCAAGUCUGUUCUGCAGGACCUGCCAAAUGAUCUCUUUCCCCCACUGUUCAAGGAGGCCAACACUCAGAGAAAAGCAAGUUUGAUUAAGGUCCUGGUGGCACAGUGGCCCUACCCUCAUCUUCCUGUUGGGUUGCUGAUGAGCAACCCCACCUUGGAGACCCACCAGGCUAUGUUGGAUGGGGUAGACACAUGGCUGAGACGAAGGUUUUGCCCCAGAGGGCAGAAGCUUCAAGUGGUUGACUUGAGGAACGUCCAAGGAAAGAAUUACCGCUCUACAUCCAUACUGAAGCAUCGUUUGGAGGUCGUCACUGAACUUCAGCUCCCCCAGGACGAAUACCAGACACAGCUGUUGCAGUGGAUAGAGAAGAGAAAGGCUUCCCUGCAGCUGUGCUGUGUGAAGCUGACAAUUGGGACAUUAUCAUUCCACAGUGUCAGGAACGUCUUAAAAUUUUUACAGCCAGAGUUCAUCGAGGAGUUGGAAUUGAAUACAGUGUGGAGUCUCUCCACACUGGCAAAGUUUGUACCUUACAUCACAAAGAUGAAGAGUCUUCACAAAGUGCUGCUAGUACGUGUCUUCCAAGGAAGGACAUUUCCUGACACAGAGGAGAAGCAUGUCUCCAAAGUCAUUUCUCUCUUUUCCAAACUCAGCCUUCUGCAGGAUCUCACCAUAGAGGAUGUCUACUUCCUCAAUGACCACGUGGCACAGUUGCUUAGGUGCCUGACGACUCCCUUGGCGUGCCUAACCAUCUCUCUCUGCAAGUUCUCACAGUCAGACUUGGAUUCCUUUGCCCAGUGGAAUCACUCCAGACUUAAACACCUUCAGUUGAGAGGCCUCAUUUUAAGUGAUUUGGAUUUCACGCCUCUCAGAAUUUUCUUAGAGAGUGUCGCAGACACCCUGCAAACCCUGAAAAUAAAAGACUGUGGGAUGAAGGAUGCUGACAUCAGGGUCCUUCUUCCUGCCCUGAGCCAACUCUCCCAGCUCACCACCAUCAAUCUCAUCGACAAUGACUUCUCCACAGAUGUGCUGAGAGAACUUUUGCACCACACUGCCAACCUCAGACAGCUGACUAGGGAGCUGUACCCAGCUCCUAAGGAGGUCUAUGAUGACUCUGGCUAUAUCCAAGUAGAAGAAUUUUCCCAACGUUGUGCUGAGCUCAAGGACACACUCUUCUCUAUAAGGCAGUUCAAGGCACUCCGCUUUGGGAGCACUGCCUGCUAUGACUGUGGCCAACGUUAUAUGCAUGAACUGGAGACCACGCUUUGUGAGUGCCCACUCUAA